CCUACACAACCCCAACCCCCCCCCCCCAAUAAACAUGGCAAACACCCUUUUAGAAGCUUUGAACGUGCGAGUUGUCGGCUCCGGCGACAGAAUCCUUGUCUUGGCUCACGGUUUCGGUACGGACCAAUCGGUUUGGCAACGGAUUCUCCCAUUUUUCACACCUAAUUAUCGUGUAAUCCUAUACGACCUCGUUUGUGCCGGCAGCGUCAACCCCGAUUACUUCGAUUCCACUAGGUACGACACUCUCGAUGCUUUCGUCGACGAUUUGCUUAAUAUUCUUAAAGCUCUCGGCGUUCACCGUUGCGCUUACGUCGGCCACUCCGUCUCCGCCAUGAUCGGUAUCUUGGCUUCCAUUCGCUGCCCUCAACUCUUCUCCAAACUCAUCCUCAUCGGCGCUUCUCCCAGGUUUCUCAAUGACGAAAAUUACCACGGAGGGUUCGAGCUAGGCGAGAUUGAGGAAGUAUUUUCAGCAAUGGAAGCCAACUACGAAGCUUGGGUCAACGGGUUUGCCCCAGUGUUGGUGGGGGCCGAUGUGCCGACAGCGGUUCGAGAGUUCAGCCGGACACUUUUCAACAUGAGACCGGACAUAUCAUUGUUCGUUUCAAGGACGAUAUUCAACAGUGAUCUGAGAGGGGAACUCGGGAAAGUGAGAGUGCCGUGUUGCGUGAUCCAGACGGCGAAAGAUGUGUCGGUUCCGGCAUCGGUGGCGGAGUAUUUAAAGACCCGUCUUGGGGGACGAACCACGGUGGAGAUUUUGAGAACAGAAGGCCAUUUACCGCACUUGACUGCGCCGGUGUUGCUUGCUCAAGUGCUUCGGCGAGCCCUUCCGCGGUGAGUUUUCUAGUGUUUUUUUUACUUUAACAAUGCCAAUGGGACCCAAUGGGUCGGAUUUUUAUCUUGGAACGUAAUAUCUAUGUUGAAAAAUAAAAUCUAAUUUCUUAA